CUGGGAGGGGGGGGGGAUAAAAGGAAAACUUCUGAAGUUUUCAACUUGGAACCUAUUUUCCAUGCAUUUGUCGCUGACGGGAUCAUGAUGAUGGAAAGAAUCCCUGCACAGAAAUAAACUUGUUUUGCUUCAUGCUGUCUGUAUUUUUUUGCAUUGUCUGUUUUUUAUUGCAUCGUAUGUUGUUCAACUGAGUCUGGCUCAAGGAGAAGUCUCGCACUGAAAUCUUGUUGCUUCAUUGUCAUAGGAUAUUUCCACAUUUUCGUGAACAUCUCUUUUCCGCUGAACUUUAUAGAUAACACUAAGCUACGCUUUCUUUAGUUGUAGCUAGUUUUUUAUACACGUUUCCACACUUAUCUGGUUGCAACAACUCCACUCUUGAGAGACGUCCGAUUGAGUGAGACUUGGUUGGACACAAUAACAAACAGACCGCUAUCAAGCAAAGGUGGUGUCCCCCCAUCAAGAGUGUCCCACUUCCGAGAGAGAGAGAGGGAGUCAACCACCUUCACACAGAGAGAGUGAGAGCUCUCGAGCCCAGCCUAGCAUCUGUGACGGUUCCCCUGUUAAACGGCAGCUGCGCCGAAUUCAGCAAAUGCUCCUCAGCCCCUCCAGGACGGAGCCAGACGCCAGGAGACUCGGGGGAGGAGGGGGUUCACCCUGCGUUUGGCUGCCCAGCGUGAUGAGCCAAAGCUGGGGACCAUGUUGAAGCCCAGCUGGCCAUGGAACAGGCCCCCGGGGCUGCUUUUGUGCAGGCAUGGAUUAUAGCCUUGCUGCUUGCUGAUGCUGCCUCUCACUCUUUUUUUUUUCUCGAGGUGGAUAUCUGCCAUGAGCGUUGUUAAAGGAUAAUAAGGAGGAAGAGAAGGCUGUGAGUUGAGCCCCGUAGAAAGAGCAAGAGGAGGGCUUCCAGCAGCAGUGAUGAAGACGCCCUUCCUCAUCCCUGGCUCUCUCUACAGGGUCCCUGCUGGGGAACCUGUACCUUUUAUCUAAGGCGUCUGCAGACUGUGAAUCUCAAAGGGAAUAUUUAUUCUGGAUUCAUAAUUGGGGAAAUCUUUCUGUGGAAAUACGCAGCACACAUUUUUGGGCUGACGAAACCCAAGGAAUGGAUUAUAAGCACAGCACUGUUUUAUUGCUGCUCUAUCUUUAAGCCAUCUCUCUAUUCUCCUUAUACUUACACACUCACCUGUCACCCGCGCGCCCCUCUCGCUUCGCGGACCCCGUCGCCAUGGCGGCGGCCUACCGCGUGGUGGUGAGCAGCGUGAGCUGUUACAACAGCGUGGUGGUGGACCGGCGGGUGCACAAGCACGCCGUGCACUACUGCGCGGGGCCAUGUGGCGCCGUGUCGCAGGGGCUGGACUGCGCCGUGGCCCACCGCGGCACGUGCUCGGAGCUGCUGGUGGCCCCCGAGCACGGGCCCCUGGACCGCAACUGUUCCAUGCACACGUACUCUCAUCACAUCACCACGGCGACCGGGACGACCUACCAGGUCUCCGCCGGCCACGGGAAUAGUCUUUCCGUGGACACGGGCGGGGGUCUGGAGAGGGCAGGGAGCACCGGCAACAUGGCCAUGGGAGAGGAGAGCCCCCCGUGGAGGGUGAAGAAGUCCCCCGGCGGAGGGGGCGGCUCCAUGGGGAACCUGGCGUCCGCCACCAGUCUGAAGGACAUCACGGGCGAGGCCAUCAACCUCGCCAGCGGGAAGCUCAAAGAGUUCUCCUUCGACAAGCUCCGCCUCUCCGCGUCCAGCCACGUCACCUUCCGCAAGGGCCGCAAGGUGCGCCCCGAUUCGUUCAGCCGCCGCUCCACCGACCUGGACAUCAUCUACGGCCACUUCAGCUCCUCGGUGACCACCAACGGCUACGCCGCUAACGCUAGCCCCGUGAGCGGCACGGCGGCGGCGGCGGCGGCGUCCAACGACGAGAACCUCCCGCCGUUCACCGCGGCCAAAGGGCCGACGGUGGAGGAGGGGAAGGGGAAGGGGGCGGGCAGCUUGUCCGCGGUCACCAAGGUCGGCGGGGGCUCAACGGGCAGCCUCUCCAGCGCGUGCAGCGGGUCCCUGGACCAGGGCCUGAACACGGUGGCCUCGCUGUACCUCAACACACUCGGGGAGGAGAACCUGAUCGCCAGGCUCCUGGAGAAGACCCGGGCCGAGGCGGGAAACGGAGUGGGCGGAGAGGACAUCCGCGCCUGCCUGGACAUCCUGCUGAAGUGUUCGGAGGACCUGAAGAAGUGCACGGACAUCAUCAAGCAGUGCAUCCGGCGCAAGGGCCCCGGCGGGAGCGGAUCGGACGACGAGGGGGCCAAUCCCGAGAGCAUUUACCGGGCUGUGAUGACUCGACUGAGCUCCUACCUGAAGAGGCUUCCCCUGGAGCUGGAGGGCAUCGGGGGUCUCGGCCGCCUGGUCGGUGGGCAAGGGGGCCCGGGGGCACCGUCCAGCGGGCACAGUGAGCUGGCGGAGCUCGUCAACAGCCUCCACUCCAUCCAGCAGGGUCCCUUCUCCCCCAUCUUCGGCCACGAUCAACCCCCCCGAUACGAGGAUGUGGUGCAGUCUCCCCCGCUCCCGAAGUCCCCGUCCCUGCCCUCCUCUGCUCCGGCUCCGUCCAGCUGCUCAGCGACCUACUCAUCGACUUCGUCCUCCAACUCCUCGUCCUCUUCCUCAUCCCCUUCGAGAGCAGAGACCGUAAACGCCAUGCAGCUCCAGGGCUCCAAACCGAGUCAGCUGACCAACGGACUGCAGCGUUCCCCCCACCACCAUGCUCUCCCUCCCCCGGCGUUCACGCACUCUGCCUCCUCGCCUUCGUCGUCUCCGUCGCACUCCCCUCUCCCACUUUACAACCACGCCCUGCCGGCAACCCCCAUGGAGGCGCUCUUCAUCGAGGAGGACGCCGAUGUCGGCAAGAGUGGUGAACAGUCGUCCCCGCAAGCGUAUACCCCCAGCAGGGGAGCGAUGGAGAGACGUUCCCAGUCGCAGAUCAGAAACGGCACGGCGUAUGCAAAAGACACACUCCCCGCCUCCCCACCUCGCACACUCCGGAGCACCUUGGGUACUCCGUCAUCCGGUGCCGGUUACAAGUCCUCGUGGGAUUCGACAAGCCCUGCGGUCCCCAAAGCCGACCCGGGAACACCGUACAGGAACGACGACAUCGACAAGCUCCUGCUGGACUUGGAGAACCUCUCCCAGAGCAUGAACCACCAGAGGGAGAAAGAGCCUCCUCUGCCGGUUAAGACCAGGAAGAUGACGGGGGAGGGUGGCGUGGGAAAGACUGCCAGCCUUGCUCCACCCCAGCCCUCUGCAAAGCUUCAAUCCAAGGCACAGACCCAGACACCAGCGAAUCACCAUUUCACCAAUGGCUCUAACUCCAAGGCCACACAAGGCCAGAUACCUGUGCCUCUCCCGGGGGAAAGCCAUGGAGAAGGUGGUGGUGGUGGGGGGGAAGAGGACGGGGCCCUGCUUCUGCGGAUCCUGGAGAGCAUCGAGAGCUUUGCUCAGGAAUUGGUGGACUCUGGGGCGGGGAGCACCGGCAGUUCGGAGAGGAGCAGUGGGAAGGAGAGGGAAGUUAUGAGACUUCUACAGGAUACACUUGCCACGGCCGGCAGGGCUGAAACCCCUCCUCAGAGCACACAGAUGUCAGCGCUUGCCUCUGUGCCGCCCGUGGACCUACCCGAAUCAGUUCCUGCUGUGCCUCCGAAACACAGCCACUCGAACCCUCCUGCGGCUUCGCCAGCACCCGUCCAACACACACCCGUCCAACACACACCCGUCCCACACACACCCGUCCAACACACACCCGUCCAACACACACCCGUCCAACACACACCCGUCCAACGCGCGCCCGUCCAACACACACCCGUCCCUCACACACCUGUCACUCACACACCUGUCCCACAGACAACCGUCCCACACACGCCUGCUCCCUCUGAACCUCUGUUUGCGGCUGUACCAGAACUUUUAUCUCUUCUUCUGGCACAAGCGUCCACCACCACCACCACCACCACCACCACAGCACCCAUCCCCGCCCCCCCGCCCCUACCCGAGGCCAAGCACAAGGUCCAAGCCGAGGAAUCGGAGACCCCUGCGGCAAAAACGUCCGCACCUUCACCUGGAGCCCUACCUUCUCCACCGGUCGUCCUAAACACCUCGACUCCGGACACUGCUCAGCCCGAAGCCUUGGCCACCGUCGUUGAGGUGACCACCGUCGCCGGGAGGGAUGAUGACGGCCCCGUGGGCAGCCCUGCUGCUGUGAGGAACACCGGCUCCACCCUCCUGAUUCAGCAGACUCCUGCAGUGAUCCGGGUCCAGUCCAAACCAGAGAAGAAGCCCGGCACCCCUCCCCCGGCCCCGGCCGCCAUCUCCCCGCCCCCGGCCCCCCGGUCCCCCAGCCCCCCCCCUGCCCCUCGCCCUCCUCCCCCCCCCGCGGUGGUGGUGGUGGUGGACCCGGCGCCGGUGUUGCUCCCCCCUCCUCCUCAGUCCGCGAUCCACAUUCCGAGGUUCUACUACCCCCGCGGGCUGCCCGUGUCGGGCCCGCCCCAGAACCACGACGCCGCCAUCGCCGCCGCCGAAGCGGCCUUCACCGAGUUCGAGGAGGAGAAGGCCGACAUCUACGAGAUGGCCAAGAUCGCCAAGGCGUGUGGGUAUCCCCUCUACUGGAAGGCGCCACUGUUCAACGCCGCGGGCGGGGAGAGGACUGGAUUCGUGUCUGUCCACUCGUUUAUUGCGACCUGGAGAAAGCUGUUGCACAGUUGCCAUGACGACUCAUCCAUGUUCAUCUGUCUGCUGGCGAAGCCCAGCUGUAGCUACCUGGAGCAAGAGGACUUCAUCCCACUCAUGCAGGAUAUCGUGGACACCCACCCCGGGCUGACGUUCCUCAAAGAUGCGCCUGAAUUCCAUUCCCGCUACAUCACCACGGUGAUCCAGAGGAUCUUCUACGUGGUGAACCGCUCGUGGUCAGGCCGCGUCACCAUGACGGAGCUGCGGCGCAGCAACUUCCUGCAGACGCUGGCGCUGCUGGAGGAAGAGGACGACAUCAACCAGAUCACCGACUACUUCUCCUACGAGCACUUCUACGUCAUCUACUGCAAGUUCUGGGAGCUGGACACCGACCACGACCUCUACAUAGACCCCAAGGACCUGGCCCGGUACAACGACCACGCUUCUUCCAACAGGAUAAUUGAAAGAAUGUUCUCAGGAGCAGUCACCAGGGGCAACUCGGUACAGAGGGAGAACAGAAUGAGCUACGCCGAGUUCGUCUGGUUUCUCAUCUCUGAGGAGGACAAGAAAAACCCCACCAGCAUAGAGUACUGGUUCCGCUGCAUGGACAUGGAUGGAGACGGGGUCCUGUCCAUGUUUGAGCUGGAGUACUUCUACGAGGAGCAGUGUGAGCGCAUGGAAGGCAUGGGCAUCGAACCCCUGCCCUUCCAGGACCUGCUCUGUCAGAUGCUCGACCUGGUCAAGCCAAAGAGCCAGGGUAAGAUCACCCUGAGUGACCUGAAGCGAUGCCGGAUGGCUCAUAUCUUCCUGGACACCUUCUUCAACCUGGAGAAGUACCUGGACCACGAGCAGAGAGACCCCUUUGCUCUGCAGAAGGACAUUGACACUGAGGGUCCAGAGCCGUCUGACUGGGAUAAGUAUGCGUCUGAGGAGUACGAGAUCCUAGUGGCCGAGGAGACCGCCAACGAGCAGCUACACGAUGCGUCCUUCGAUGACGACUACGAGUCGGACGAGCUCCAAGUGCCCGGGGACAUUGGAAAUAAGAUGGAGAAACUGGUGAUUUCAGACCUCACCGCGUGAAGAAACAUCCAGUCUGGGGACUCCCCGAAAGACCCCCCUCAGCCCUGUCAACUCUUCUACUGCCUAUGCAGGAGGCACAGAGUGGGACCCCCCCUCGCCCCCUGAAGACGAUGUUGAGAAAUGUCCCCUGAAUUGACCCACUGUUGAUGAUGAUGUGUGUGAGAUGUGUGACCUUUAAGCCAAGACACUCUUCUGGUGCAAUAAUACAUCUGUUUUCAAACAGAGAUAAGAAAAAGAGGGGCGUGAGUGAAAGGGGAGGGGGGCUUGUGAAUUCAAUAAUCUCUGGGAAACAAACAACAAAAACAUUUUCUGUUGUGUCUUACCCUACCGACAAUCUCAUGAGGAGACAAUCGUAUAUAUAUCCUAUUUUUGUGCUACAUUAAGUAUUAACGUUCUCCUCACACGACUGCCAGCAUAACUUUUUUUGGUCGGCACAGACCUGCAUUGACACGGUUGAUGGACAAACUUUUCCCUGUGAAGAAAAUGUAUCAAUCGUCCAUCCACAGCCAAGACAUACACCCUUAGGUGGAGAAAAAAAUCAACAUAAUUUCCACCACCAUUUCACACUCCCUCUGUCCCCCCCUGGUGGCCGGCCGCCGCAACUGUAGGCCGAACAGGUGACGCGCGACCCGUCCCUCUGACUACACAACGACGACAGGCGAAGGGAGCAGAGUUCACGGGGCAGGCCGUUUCUAUUUUUAGAACGCCAGGCAAUCUGCUGAUUGUUUUGCGACACUCCUGGAAUCCCUUUGUCGAGGCUUGAAACCUGCCCGGGGAGCGUGCAGUACGCACAUGGGAGCCGGAAUGUUGCGCCCAUGUCCUCAAUCACCCCCCCCCCCCCACCCCCACCCCUCCUCCCUCCUAUUUUUUUCAAUGUCGCUCAAGGUAUGCUCAUUCUGUACAUAGAAUAACAUUUUAAAGUAAAAAAUACUAAGGACUAAAAAGGAAGACACGUCACACUCUCUGGUAGAGUUGUACACACAUUUCCAGCCCGGAGACCCAGAGGUUCUCCGAAAUGAAGACACUUGUGAGAUUCAGCCUUUUUGUUUGCAUUAGGAGUGGACUAGUUUCCAUGAAUUCACCCGCCACUCCCCCCCCCCCCGCCCCCAUACCCUCACACCCCUGCAGUUGCACAACGCAUACAGUGUUUUACCUUUUGCCCAAUCGAUUGUUACCAAAAAAAAACAUGCGUGUGCUCGUCGGUGUAACUACUCCCCUUCGAUUAUUAUAAAACCCCUUGUUUGCUGUGUUUUUUUGUACGUCCUACAUUUCAGUUCGCCUUUCAAAAACAUUUAACUUAUAACUUUUGUUAUUUAGCGGAUGCUCCACGGUUUCAGGAAAGUAUUUUUAAUAUAAAUAUUCUGACGGUUCUUUAUUUUAAUGUAUGUAAUCAUUCUCACCCUGCUGCAUAUUCAAGACACACUGGCCUGUUUCUUUCGCUCCAUAAUUACCUUGCUGCAUUCACCGGGAAAAGUGCAUGUGUUUGUUUAUUUGUGUGUGUGUGUGUGUGUGUGUGUGUGUGUGUGUGCGUGUGCGUGUGCGUGUGCGAGAACUACCCUUACUGUGUGUUGCUUAUAAAAUCUUAGAUCUAGGGGUGUGUUCUGAGGAGCGUGCUAGGUUACUGAGCAGUGUGCGGCAGUUUGAUAGAAAAUAACCGUUGCCAAGAGAACAGUGUUCUCGGGGGCUGACAAAAGCGCUCUCUCUUGUUUAACUCUUUUAAUUAGCACGGGGAGAACGCUUGUCCUCGAGGGCUUGGAGUUCACCGGCUCUUCCUGGGUGAUACACACACAUUCACACGUGACACUUAACGGCAUACACAGGCACACACACGCAGACAGACUUGAAUACACAUAUGAAUACACCCAGAAACAUGCACACACAUUCACACAGACGCACACACACACACACACACACACACACACACACACACACACAGACAAACAGCUAGGCACACGCACAUCAGUCCGUCUAACAAGAGUGAAGGAAAACGAGUAAAAAACGCAAGGCCUCGGGUUGAUAAAUUAUCAUUUUGACAAUGUUUUAAAGUUUUUUCUUGCUGUGCCACUGUGUGGCUUAUCUGCGUACAAUGGUGGCUGAGUAGGUAUUUUGGAAUGCCCACGUGUGUGUGUGUGUGUGUGUGUGUGUGUGGGACAUGCAGUGACAUCAAUGAUGAUUACGCCAUCCUCCACAAAUGGGGCAACGGCCUCUAAAGCAGGGGCUUCCCAAACUUGUUAAUGCCGUGAGGUACUUUCAGGCACAGAGCCAGGCCCAUGAGUCACCUAAAAUAAGCAAUACAUUCUCACAACUAGGUCAAAACAGCUAGAGAGCUUACAUGUAUCUAUGUCCAUUGUUCAUCUUUAUAGUAUUGACCACCUUUCACUCCUCAAACGUACUUCUGUAAUUAAAUAUAUGUUUUUUGGAAAUGUUACAAAAAACGUUUAUGGUGGGAAUCCCGUCACUUGGACCCUCUUGGGUUGCAAACGAGUUUGGAAGCCACUACUGUAUAGGACAGGAGGAGACAGACAAUCAUGCACUUAGUACACACACACACACGCACACACUUCCUUUUGGGAGCGGUACCUGACUGCUUUUCCGAUACACUUACAAACACACACACAUACACGCACACAUACACACAAACAUAAAUACAUCCGCGCGACUUACGGGACAAAUCCGUCUGAUUGAUCCUCAACUAAAAUUGUUGGGGAGAAUGUAUCGUGGGGUGUUGCAGUUCUCCGUGUCUGACUACUGAGCACCGAAUGAGGACAGUGUGGGGAAAGAUUUGUGUUAUCAUGAAACACUUUCUGAGACUUUCUUGGGAGUUUUGCUUUGAAUUGAGAGGUCUACUCAGAGCAUUAGACAGCAGACGUUUACUGUCGUACAUCGUUGCAGAGGGGAGACUGGAUUAAAUGUAUUUGAUAAUUUACCUUCUUCCUUUACUUCUUUACUCUUUUUUUCUCUAUCCUUCUUUUCCUUUAUUUCCCGUCCUUCAUCCUGCCAACAAGUUACCUGUCCUGCUAUUGCUUUACUUUGAAGCAAAAUAAGUCAAAUUAAUAUUUUAAGAGAAUUCUCUUGAUCUGAUGGUUGACCCAACAUAUAAAGAGACACACCCACCUACAAACCAAUAUCUCACACAGACACACACAGACACACGCACACGCACACGCACAAACGCACGCUGUGUGUGCCCAAAUAGCUUAUAUCCCUUUUGACUUUGAUAUAGAAUCUCAAAAUAAAAUGCUGGUAGCACUUUAUUAUAAAGUUCAGUCAUAAGUAAUUUAGGUAAUGAUGAUCAUUCAUAAUCUAUAAGUUCUUAUCAAUGAUAAGUUAAUUACCAAAGGCUUAUAAAUGACCAGAAAUGCCACUGUCUAAGGAAUACAAACCAGUGCAUCGCCCACAGUUGGGUGCGUUGCUCAAGAGAAGCAUGAGGAGUCCAGCCAGCAACCUCCAGAGAUGUUUUAUUGGUCCAGACAUGAGUGCAAUCAACUUGCUCAGUGCAUUUACAUAGCAAAAAACACACUAACCAAAACUUUAUUUUGUAAACUUGGAAUUGUCAACCAAUGGUGUUCUGGGACACCUGACGCAGGCACGGUUCACACUCAAGUCUAGGUCAUUGCUGCCUGUUCCCCUGCCUGGUGCUGCUGUUGCUGCUAUGGCGGCGCCAGUGUUGUUAUGCGUCAAACUGGCCCUCUGGAGAGUGUCAUUGUUUUAUUGAUGGAAGAAUUACCCGGCCGGGAGGUGAGGGUUUGGGGGGAGGAUGGGGAGGGGGGGGCGUUUCUCAAGCUAAUCAAAGCCAUUUGUACCAUGGUUACUCAAUGGACCACUUAGUCUUUCGACUCUAGGCAUGGUAAUAUACUAUUUUCCAUAUAGCUAACUGGACUGAACUUAAGGACAGCAGAGGUGUUUACCAUAUUUAACAUGUAUAUGUGGUACAUGUAUUAAAAAGUUAUCUUACAAAUG